GCUCAGAGCGCUUCGAGCCAGCGCCUUGGAGAGAUCGUAACACGCAGCCUGCAGAGGCGCUGCGGCCCGUGCAGCCCCGGAGGCCCCGCGCGAAGAAGGCGGCGGCAGAGGAGAGGGCCGGAUUGCCGCCCGCAGCCCGCGCCCCCCCACCCCGCCGCCUCCGCCCCCCACCCCCUCCCCGCGGCGCCGCAUCUUGAAUGGAAACAUGGCGGUGCCGGCUGGGACCUGCAGCGCCUCUCGGCCCGGUCCGGCGCGGAUCGCGCUUCUUUGGCCCGGCCGCAGACCCCAGCCCGGCCUCGGCGCCCGGCGCCCGGCGUCCCGGCCCCCGCGCCCACUGUUGCUGCUAAUGCCGCCGCUGCUGCUGCUACCGCUGCUCGCCGCCCCUGGCGCCUCUGCCUACAGCUUCCCCCAGCAGCACACGAUGCAGCACUGGGCCCGGCGCCUGGAGCAGGAGAUCGAUGGCGUGAUGCGGAUCUUUGGGGGUGUCCAGCAGCUCCGCGAGAUCUACAAGGACAACCGCAAUCUGUUUGAGGUUCAGGAGAACGAGCCUCAGAAGUUGGUGGAGAAGGUGGCAGGGGAUAUUGAGAGCCUGCUGGACAGGAAGGUGCAGGCCCUGAAGAGAUUGGCCGAUGCUGCAGAGAACUUCCAGAAAGCCCACCGCUGGCAGGACAACAUCAAGGAAGAAGACAUCAUGUACUAUGACGCUAAGGCUGACGCUGAGCUGGAUGACCCUGAGAGUGAGGAUGUGGAGAGGGGGUCCAAGGCCAGCACUCUAAGUCUGGACUUCGUUGAGGACUCAAACUUCAAGAACAAGGUCAACUAUUCGUACACGGCUGUGCAGAUCCCCACGGACAUCUACAAAGGCUCCACCGUCAUCCUCAAUGAGCUCAACUGGACAGAGGCCCUGGAGAACGUGUUCAUCGAGAACCGCAGGCAGGACCCCACGCUGCUGUGGCAGGUCUUUGGCAGCGCCACAGGAGUCACUCGCUACUAUCCAGCCACCGCGUGGCGAGCCCCCAAGAAAAUAGACCUGUAUGAUGUCCGAAGGAGACCCUGGUAUAUCCAGGGGGCCUCAUCGCCCAAGGACAUGGUCAUCAUCGUGGAUGUCAGUGGAAGCGUGAGUGGCCUGACCCUGAAGCUGAUGAAGACAUCCGUCUGCGAGAUGUUGGACACGCUGUCUGACGAUGACUAUGUGAAUGUGGCCUCGUUCAACGAGAAGGCGCAGCCUGUGUCAUGCUUCACACAUCUGGUGCAGGCCAAUGUGCGUAACAAGAAGGUGUUCAAGGAAGCGGUGCAGGGCAUGGUGGCCAAGGGCACCACAGGCUACAAGGCCGGCUUUGAGUAUGCCUUCAACCAGCUGCAGAACUCCAACAUCACUCGUGCCAACUGCAAUAAGAUGAUCAUGAUGUUCACGGAUGGUGGCGAAGACCGCGUGCAGGAUGUCUUUGAGAAGUACAAUUGGCCCAACCGGACGGUGCGCGUGUUCACUUUCUCCGUGGGGCAGCAUAACUACGAUGUCACACCCCUGCAGUGGAUGGCCUGUGCCAACAAAGGUUACUAUUUUGAGAUCCCUUCCAUCGGCGCCAUCCGCAUCAACACACAGGAAUAUCUAGAUGUAUUGGGCAGGCCCAUGGUGCUGGCGGGCAAGGAGGCCAAGCAGGUGCAAUGGACCAACGUGUAUGAGGAUGCGCUGGGACUGGGCUUGGUGGUAACAGGGACCCUUCCUGUCUUCAACCUGACACAGGAUGGCCCUGGGGAAAAGAAGAACCAGUUGAUCCUGGGCGUGAUGGGCAUCGAUGUGGCUCUGAAUGACAUUAAGAGGCUGACUCCCAACUGCACGCUUGGAGCCAACGGUUACGUGUUUGCCAUUGACCUGAAUGGCUAUGUGUUGCUGCACCCCAACCUGAAGCCCCAGACCACCAACUUCCGGGAGCCUGUGACUUUGGACUUCCUGGAUGCAGAGCUGGAGGAUGAGAACAAGGAGGAGAUCCGUCGGAGUAUGAUCGAUGGCAACAAAGGCCACAAGCAGAUCAGAACACUGGUCAAGUCCCUGGACGAGAGGUACAUAGACGAGGUGAUGCGGAACUACACCUGGGUGCCUAUAAGGAGCACCAACUACAGCCUAGGGCUAGUGCUCCCGCCCUACAGCACCUUCUACCUCCAAGCCAACCUCAGCGACCAGAUCCUGCAGGUCAAGUAUUUUGAGUUCCUGCUCCCCAGCAGCUUUGAGUCUGAAGGACAUGUUUUCAUUGCUCCCAGAGAGUAUUGCAAGGAUCUGAAUGCCUCAGACAACAACACCGAGUUCCUGAAAAACUUCAUUGAGCUCAUGGAGAAAGUGACUCCAGACUCCAAGCAGUGCAACAACUUCCUUCUGCACAACCUGAUCUUGGACACAGGAAUCACGCAGCAGCUGGUAGAACGCGUGUGGCGGGACCAGGAUCUCAACACGUACAGCCUUCUGGCCGUGUUUGCCGCCACUGACGGCGGCAUCACUCGUGUAUUCCCCAACAAGGCAGCUGAGGACUGGACAGAGAAUCCUGAGCCCUUCAAUGCCAGCUUCUACCGCCGCAGCCUGGAUAACCACGGCUAUGUCUUCAAGCCCCCACACCAGGAUGCCCUGUUAAGGCCACUGGAGCUGGAGAAUGACACAGUGGGCAUCCUCGUCAGCACAGCUGUGGAGCUCAGCCUGGGUGGACGCACACUGAGGCCCGCAGUGGUGGGCGUUAAGCUGGACCUAGAGGCCUGGGCUGAGAAGUUCAAGGUGCUAGCCAGCAACCGUACCCAUCAGGACCAGCCUCAGAAGCAGUGUGGCCCCAGCAGCCACUGUGAGAUGGACUGUGAGGUUAACAAUGAGGACCUGCUCUGUGUCCUCAUUGAUGAUGGGGGAUUCCUGGUGCUAUCAAACCAGAACCAUCAGUGGGACCAGGUGGGCAGGUUCUUCAGUGAGGUGGAUGCCAAUCUGAUGAUGGCACUCUACAAUAAUUCCUUCUACACCCGCAAGGAGUCCUAUGACUAUCAAGCAGCCUGUGCCCCCCAACCCCAGGGCAAUCUGGGUGCCGCACCCCGGGGCAUCUUUGUGCCCACCAUUGCAGACUUCCUUAACUUGGCCUGGUGGACCUCGGCUGCUGCCUGGUCCUUGUUCCAGCAGCUUCUCUAUGGCCUCAUCUACCACAGCUGGUUCCAGGCAGACCCCACGGAGGCCGAGGGCAACCCCGAGGCGCGCGAGAGCAGCUGCGUCAUGAAACAGACCCAGUACUACUUCGGUUCGGUGAACACCUCCUACAAUGCCAUCAUCGACUGCGGAAACUGCUCCAGGCUAUUCCACGCGCAGAGACUGACCAACACCAACCUUCUCUUCGUGGUGGCCGAGAAGCCGCUGUGCAGCCAGUGUGAGGCAGGCCGGCUGCUGCAGAAAGAGACACACUGUAUCCUGCCCCCGCCGCUCCCCGCCGCCCGCGCCCCCUCCCGCCCCGUGCGCGCCUUCAGUGCCGACGCCGCCUCCUUGACUACCCACCCAUGCCCAGCGGACGGCCCGGAGCAGUGUGAACUGGUGCAGAGACCGCGAUACCGGAGAGGCCCGCACAUCUGCUUCGACUACAACGCGACGGAAGAUACCUCAGACUGCGGCCGCGGAGCCUCCUUCCCGCCGUCGCUGGGCGUCCUGGUCUCCUUACAGCUACUGCUCCUCCUGGGCCUGCCUCCCCGGCCGCAGCCUCAAGUCCACGCCCACGCCUCGCGUGGCCUCUGAGCGCCCCCAAGGCCUCCCCUCCUCUCCCCGGCUCUCCCGCCCCACACUCCCUGCCUUAGAGCCUCGCCCCCUCCCUCACUGAAAGACCUGAGCGCACCAGGCCCCGAGAGUCUGCACCUUAGAAUGGAGGGUCCCAAAGGAGGGCGCCGCAGGUCUUUGGCCCCCAAGCCACAUCUCGCUGCUGACCUGUCAAAGUGUUCUCAGACCCCUCAUUCUCACUGGACUUACCCAUCCCCGAGGGCUGGGACAGGGAGGCCACAGUACUGGUGCCAAACCAGGUCUCCACUACCCGCCCUACCCGGAGGCUCCCUUUGUGUGGGAGACUUAGGCCCUGCCCCAGCUGGACUCCUCGGACCUGGACCUUCUGCCCCACCCAGGACCAAAUCUAGAUUCCCUGGGAGUAAUGGAGGAAGUUAAGAGAUGGGUAGUUUGAGGCCUGUGCAUCCCAGCUUCAAUCCUGGCAGGAGAGAGGUCCUGGGGCAGCCCCCCAAUGGGCUCCUGUCCCUCUCAGGCCUACAGCCACCUCCCCCACCCCAAGCCCUGCAGGUGUCAGGGCAGUGACAGUGACACUGGCUCAGACACAACCCUAUACACAUCUGGAGCCCUGAGGUUAGAAACUGGACUCACAUUAGACAUACCCUGGAGGACACACACACAUACACAAACACACACACACACACUGUGG